AGAGCUUGGCCACUACCCCUGAUACGAAAACUCAGGCUGGUGUGGUUACAUUCAAGAAUGGGUAGUGCGAAACCCUAGAAUUGACGGGGCAUUAAUUAAUAAAUGGCUAAUGCGGCCCGGGACCAAAGCCUUUUUCCCUCUUCCCACUUAAAGGACAUCGCAUUUCGGGGAAAUCCCAUCCUCGUCCUCGCCGGAAAGGGAGAUCUCUACUAUUUGGAGGGCUGGGAGCCGAGGAGUUGGCGGUAGCCAAGAUGGGACAAGAGCAUCAAUUUAUUCCGGGCGCGUAAAUCCGGCAAGAAAACGCCAUGUCUCCUUUUUGUACUUAUCCGUCGAUUACCAGAUCUAGUAGAUCCGGGGCCCUCAUAACGCCAUGAUGUCUGACAGAUUUAGAGUGUAAAUUACCUACCUAGUAGAUAUAAUGUGGAGCUAAGUGCCGUUGCUGAAAAUGAUGUGCUUACCGAGUAGUUCAUAUAAGAGAGGGAGACGUCUCGAGAUAUCGGAGGGUGCGGGAGACCCUUGUUGUUUGGUAUAUUUCAAGUUAAAUCGCCAAUGAUGCGAUCCUCAAUCCUUACUGUGGCGUUCGCCACGGCCUCGGCGGCCGCGACACUUGACUGGGCGGCAGCUUACGAAAAGGCCAAUGCUUCUCUAGCAAAAGUGUCUCAGAAUGACAAGAUCAACAUUGUCACUGGCGUAGGUUGGAAUAAAGGACCUUGUGUCGGAAACACGGCGGCGGCUAGUUCCAUCAACUAUCCCCAAUUAUGUCUGCAAGACGGACCGCUGGGCAUUCGUUUCGCCACGAAUGCCAACGCUUUCGUGCCGGGUAUUCACGUCGCGUCCACCUGGGACCGUGCCCUCAUGAGGGAGCGUGGGCAGUUUAUGGCUGAGGAGACGAAGGGCGCUGGCAUUCAUGUCCUUCUAGGACCCGUGUCCGGUCCUCUGGGUAAAAAUCCUACGGGUGGUCGAAACUGGGAAGGCUUCGGCCCCGAUCCAUAUUUGCAAGGCAUCGCCAUGGCGGAAACUAUCGAGGGCAUGCAGAGCGUCGGGGUCCAGGCCAACGCGAAGCAUUAUAUCCUAAACGAGCAAGAGCUCAACCGCGAGACUAUGAGCUCAAACUUGGACGACCGUACGAUGCACGAGAUCUAUCUUUGGCCUUUUGCCGAUGCCGUACACGCGAACGUAGCGUCCGUCAUGUGCUCUUACAACAAGAUCAACGGCACCUGGACCUGUGAAAAUCCGUACGCCCUCGACACUCUCCUGAAGAAAGAGCUGGGUUUCCAAGGUUACGUGAUGACGGACUGGAAUGCGCAGCACUCUACCGCCCCGGCUGCGACAUCGGGGCUGGAUAUGACCAUGCCCGGCUCUGAUUUCAACGGCGGAUCUAUUUACUGGGGUUCUAAGUUGUCUCAGGCUGUGAGCAGCGGAGAAGUACCACAGUCGCGUCUCGAUGACAUGGUUCGCAGAAUCUUGGCGGCGUGGUAUUUGCUCGGUCAGGACAGCGGCUAUCCUGCGACCAAUCUCGAUGCCGAUGUUCAAGGGACCCAUAAGACCAACAUUCGCGCUACCGCCAGAGACGGGACCGUCCUAUUGAAGAAUGAAGGAAACAUUCUCCCUCUCAAAAAGCCCGCGAAGCUUGGGUUGGUCGGCUCCGCUGCCGUCGUCAACCCACAAGGGAUGAACGCUUGCACCGACCAGGGCUGCAAUACCGGUGCCCUUGGCAUGGGGUGGGGUUCGGGCACCGCGUCUUACCCCUAUUUCGUCGCUCCCGCCGAUGCCAUCAAGGCGCGAGCUGAAGCAGACGGUACCGAAAUUAGCUUGUCCGCUUCCGACAGCACCAGUUCCGUCAGCUCGACUGUCGAUGGGGCUGACGCGGCUAUUGUAUUUAUUACUUCCGACAGCGGCGAAGGGUACAUUACGGUAGAAGAUAAUGCGGGGGAUCGUAACAACCUCGACCCGUGGCACAAUGGAAAUGAUCUAGUCAAGGCGGUCGCGGCGGCGAACGAUAAUGUAAUUGUGGUCGUACACGCCGUCGGACCCGUCAUCCUCGAGACGGUUCUCGCUCAACCCAAUGUCAAGGCAAUCGUUUGGGCUGGUCUUCCUUCUCAGGAGAAUGGGAAUGCCCUCGUAGAUAUCCUAUACGGAGAUGCGAAUCCUUCGGGGAAAUUGCCUUACACCAUUGCCAAAUCUGCUGACGACUACGGCACGAGCGUCGUUCCAGGUAACGACGAUUACAAGGAAGGUCUCUUCGUCGACUACCGCAGAUUUGAUCAAGACGGUAUCGAGCCCCGGUACGAAUUUGGAUAUGGAAUAUCAUAUACCAACUUCACUUAUUCGGACAUUUUCGUUGAUGGGCGACCGACAUCUGGUCCUGCGACGGGGGCUAUCAUCUCAGGAGGCCCGGCUGAUCUUUGGGAAACGGUGCUCACCGUUACCGUGACAAUCACCAACACAGGUGAGGUUCAAGGUGCCGAAGUAGCGCAAUUGUACGUGGGCUUCCCUGAGUCAGCAGCCACGCCACCGAAGCAGCUGCGCGGAUUCGAGAAGUUGGCAUUGGAACCCGGUGCCAAGGACAACGUAGCAUUCGAACUCAAGAGACGUGAUAUUAGUAUUUGGGAUACGGAGAAGCAAAGUUGGAUCGUCCCUGCGGGAACUUUUAACAUUAGCGUUGGUUCAAGCAGUCGCGAUAUUCGCCAGACAGGCACUCUCGAAGUGCCUUAAGUGCGGUAGGAUGGAUAAACAUAGUUAAACCCGUUGUAUAUAGUUCUUCCAUUCCCUCAGGUUAAUGCAGAUAUUCAUGUAAAUAUGGAUGCACGAAGUUCCUAAGCAUAAGUACUGAUUCAUAGACAACCUGCCUAGGUAUUACCUGGUGGUCUUUCAGAGAUCAUUCAUCUCAAAUUUCAGGUAGUUAAGAACCUCA